AUGGCCGCCAGCUUCUGGCAGUCGACGCAGCGCCGCUUCUGGAUAUUCUCCAAAGAUGAGCUCGAGCAGAUUCGCGGCAAGCUCCGGGAGGAAGACCAAGGCCUCGUGCAGAUGUUCCCCUUGCCCGAAUGGAGGCACCUGAGCAUCUACUUCAACCAGCAGGUCAAUCGGCUGGGCAAGAGGCUGGUCAUCCGCCAGCAGGCCAUGGCGACGGCACAGAUGUACAUCAAGCGGUUCUACACAAAGGUCGAGAUCAGGCGAACGAAUCCGUACCUCGUCAUAGCGACGGCGCUCUAUCUGGCAUGCAAGAUGGAAGAGACCCCUCAACACAUUAGGCUUGUGGUUCAGGAGGCCCGCUCCCUCUGGCCAGACUUUCUGACGCUAGACAUCUCGAGGUUGGGCGAGUGCGAGUUCUUUCUCAUCUCCGAGAUGAGCUCUCAGCUGAUUCUACAUCAACCGUACAAAACCCUCACCACCCUGCAAUCCGACUUCUACCUCUCACAAGACGAGAUUAGCCUCUCCUGGUCCAUCAUAAACGACCAUUACAUGACCGACCUCCCCCUCCUGUACGCGCCUCAUAUCAUCGCUCUUACGGCUAUCCUGCUUGCUCUUGUUCUCCGGCCCAAUCCUGUGCCAGGAAGCCAAGCUGCCGGCAUGGCUGCGGCACAGGCAGCUCUUGCACAAGCACAAGGGGCGAGAGGCCUUGGAUCCGGCUUGGGCAGCGGGCAGACUACCCCUGGUGGGGCGGCGGAGAAGGAGAGUAAAACGAAUGAGGCGAGGGUGGGCAAGCUCCAGCGCUACGCGGCUUUCCUUGCCGAGAGUAACGUUGAUAUCGAAGGCAUGGUCGACUGCACACAGGAGCUCAUAUCCUUCUACGAGGCGCACGAACAGUACAACGACAAAGCAACCAGGGACCAGAUAAACCGCUUCGUCAAGGCUCGGGGACUCGACAAGGCCUAG